GAGGGUGUCCGUGUCGCGUGGUAGGCUGGUAGGUUAUGAGUUGUUUGGCCUGCAAAUAGCAAUAUUGUUUCUUUACAUUACAAAAGUGUUUCUCAUUAAUUAUUUGUAAAGUUGUCAUUAAAAGCAGUUCGCUCAACUUGUGAUAUAAGUAAUCAUUAGAUGGCAAAAUCAAAACAAUUUCAAUCCAAAAAUAAUAAAGUAAAGUUUGGGAAGAAAAGAAAUAAAAAUAUUCGUUCGGAAUUCAAAAAUGAGAGCCAAGAUAAAAAGAAAUAUAAAAAUAAUCAAAAAGCAAUAGAGAAAAAUUUACAAAACUUUAAGCAUGUUGUGAAAACCGCAAAUUUGGACUCUCAUAAGAGAAUUAAGAGUUUCAAACCUCAACCAGACCAGCUGCAAAAUAAAAGUGCUCAAACUAAUCUACAUAACAAAGAUGCUUCGAAAGGUUUACAAAAAGAAAGAGUGCCAGUACCUGAACAUGUAAUGAAAAAAUUCAGUCGAGGAGAGGGUGUUAAGGGAACUGGUAUCAAAACUAAUUUUGAAAAAAUUAAAGUUUUAAAGAAUGAAAAGAUUGUAACUUGGGCUUCUGAACAAGCAGCUAGAACAACUAUUUUGUUGACUGAAAAUUCUGGUUUUAUUGAACCUGAUGAAAAUGAAGUCACAAGGCAAUACACACAAGAACAGAUAUCACAAAAUGUUGAUAUUACAAGUGCUGCGAAAAAAUUUGAGCUUAAAUUGGAGUUUGGACCAUACAGGAUGAACUAUACAAAAAAUGGAAGGUUUCUGCUUCUGGGAGGUCGUAAAGGUCACGUAGCAGCCUUCGACUGGGUCACCAAGAAACUCAUGUGUGAAACAAACGUCAUGGAGGAAGUAUUUGAUGUUCAGUGGCUUCAUCAAGAAACAAUGUUUGCCGUUGCACAGAAGGAUUGGGUGUACAUGUAUGAUAACCAAGGAGUUGAGCUGCAUUGUAUUAAGUCCCUUAACAAAGUGAUACGAAUGGAAUUUCUGCCUUAUCACUUCUUGCUGUCCACUGGAAGUGAAAAUGGAUUUCUUGGAUGGCUGGACACAUCUAUUGGAAAAAUGGUGAGCCAGUUCAACAGCAAGCAAGGAAGACUGAAAGUAAUGACUCAAAACCCGAGUAAUGCUAUUAUCUGUCUGGGGCACACGAAUGGUACUGUGACUAUGUGGAGCCCCAAUGUGCGUGAUCCUCUAGUUAAGAUGUUGUGUCACAAACAGCCCAUCUCCAGCAUAGCCGUCAACAACACUGGACAGUACAUGGUGACUGCAUCAGUAGAUCGCAGUAUAAAAGUCUGGGAUGUGCGAAGAAUGGCUGGGCCAUUGCAAGAUUACAGGAUGUAUUCUGUUACCAGUAAUGUAGCCUUUAGUCAACGGGACCUUGUAGCCACAUCAUCAGGAAACAUUGUAGAGAUCUACAAUGACUUCUAUACUGAAGGUGAAAAAGUCAAACGGCCAUACUUAAAACAAAAACUGUACAAGGCUGUAGAAAACUUACAGUUUUGUCCUUUUGAAGAUGUCUUAGGAGUUGGAACUUACAAUGGUUUUACAAGUCUUCUAGUUCCAGGGAGUGGAGAACCAAACUUUGAUGCUUUUGAAGCAAAUCCUUUCCAGAGCAAAAGCCAGCGUCGUGAAGCUGAAGUUAAAGCACUUCUGGAGAAAAUUCAACCGGAGAUGAUUACUUUGGAUCCAACAACAAUAACUGAAGUUGAUGUUCCAUCUCUAAAAGAUAAACUAGAAGCCAAGAAAUCAUUAUUGUUUUUGAAACCUCCGAAAAUUGAUUUUACUCCGAGGAAGAAAGCGAAAAGGCAGGGGAAAUCUGUCCAAAUGGCAAGAACGAAGAAAAUAAUGAAAGAAAAACAGAAAAGGGAAUUUAUAAAGGCCAUGAAAGCAGUAAAUGUUGAUAAAAAAGAAGAGGAAACCUCCAAUGUAUCUUCAAAGAAUGUCUUGGAUAGGUUCAAACCUAACCCAAAGAAAAAAAUUGGUCAAUAAAACCAUGUUGUAUAUACAUUUUGUUAAUUGUAAUAUAUAAAGUAAGCUAUUUUAUAAUAAUAAGUUUUGUAAAUAAAUGUUAAAACAUA